GGGUAGGCGUGGCUUAAAAUCCAGCGAGCACCAUUCUCCUAUCACUGGUGUAGGGUGACCGGCGCUGGCAUUUGGCACUUUAACAAACCAAUCUCCGUGGAAAGUAUGAUAAGUUUUGUGUGAUAAGAUUAACUUUGUGUGUCAAAGAGCGUUUUUACGGUACGACUGGGCUUCCACAUGAGCAUACAAGAUGGAGUCGCUGCUCUACCUCGGUUUUACGGCGCUUCUUUUGCUCCUCCUGUGGGUCCAAGUGAAAGGUGUCGACUACGUGAUAGUUCACCAGCGGUGGAUAUUCGUGUGCUUGUUUCUGCUGCCUCUGUCUGUCGUUUUCGACGUGUACUUUUAUGUGCGAGCAUGGCUCAUCUUCAAGAUGUGCUCGGCGCCCAAACUGCACGAACAGCGCGUGCGUGACAUCCAGAGACAGGUGCGCGAGUGGAGGACGGAAGGUAGCAAGGGCUUCAUGUGCACCGGCCGACCCGGCUGGCUCACAGUGUCCCUACGGGUGGGCAAGUACAAGAAGACCCACAGGAACAUCACCAUCAAUAUGAUGGACAUCCUGGAGGUGGACACCCAAAAGCAGGUGGUGCGAGUGGAGCCCUUGGCCAACAUGGGUCAGGUGACGGCACUCCUCACCUCCAUUGGUUGGACUCUACCUGUGCUCCCUGAACUGGAUGACCUCACCGUGGGUGGUUUGGUGAUGGGCACCGGCAUCGAGUCGUCCUCUCACAUUCACGGCCUCUUCCAGCACAUCUGCGUGGCCUACGAGCUGGUGCUGGCUGACGGCAGCUUUGUGCGCUGCAGUGAGGACGAGAACACGGACCUCUUCCACGCCGUGCCGUGGUCCUGCGGCACUCUUGGCUUCCUGGUGGCGGCUGAGAUCAAAAUCGUCCCCGCCAAGCCGUGGGUGAAGCUGCGCUACGAGCCGGUGCGAGGCCUCGACAACAUCUGCCGUCGCUUCGCCGAGGCGUCGCGAGACAAGCGCAACACUUUUGUGGAGGGCAUCCAGUACACGCUGGACUCCGCCGUCAUCAUGACGGGCAGCAUGAGCGAGCACGCCGAGCCCGACAAGAUCAACAGAAUCGGACUGCACUUCAAACCGUGGUUCUUCAAACACGUGGAGGGCUACCUGAUGGGCGGCAAAGACGGCGUGGAGUACAUCCCCCUCAGACAAUACUACCACAGACACACACGCAGCAUCUUCUGGGAGCUCCAGGAUAUCAUUCCCUUCGGCAACCACCCGGCGUUCCGCUGGCUCUUUGGCUGGAUGGUCCCGCCCAAGAUUUCCCUGCUGAAACUCACGCAGGGAGAAACCAUCCGGCGUCUGUACGAGCAGCACCACGUGGUCCAGGACAUGCUGGUACCUAUGAAGGACUUGCACUCUGCCAUCACAUGCUUCCACCAGGACAUCCAGGUUUACCCUCUCUGGCUCUGCCCGUUCCUCCUACCACCCGGCAGGGGCAUGGUCCACCCCAAAAGUGACGAGGAGGAACUGUACGUGGACAUCGGUGCCUACGGCGAGCCCAAAGUCAAACACUUUGAGGCAACGGCGUCGACGAGGCGGCUGGAGAAGUUUGUUCGAGACGUCCACGGGUUCCAGAUGCUGUACGCCGACGUCUACAUGGACCGCGACGAGUUCUGGGAAAUGUUUGAUGGGCGGCUGUAUCAGAAAUUGAGAGAGGAGCUCGGCUGCAAGGACGCUUUCCCUGAAGUUUACGACAAAAUUUGUAAAGCCGCCAGACACUGAUCUUCUGCGGCGGCAGGUUGGGAUCGUGUCCCCAUCAAAUGUGACAUAUGUUGAUCAUCUACCGUCAAGUUGUAACGUGCCUGCGUGUUAAAAAAAGUUUGACAAACAUUUUUUGAAAAUAGAUAACAAGGUCCAAUUUUUAUAACAGUGUUUUAAUCAAUAAAAAUUUAAAAUGUA